AUGGCCCAGAAAGGUGUGGAAGCCAAUUUAUUCACAUACAAUUCACUGAUUAAUGGAUACUGCCUUCAUAAUCGCGUGAAUGAUGCUGCUAAGUUAUUUGACGUGAUGGUUGAGAGGAAUUGCCCUCCUGAUGUAGUCACUUAUAACGCAUUGAUCAAUGGAUUUUGUAAGGCCAAACGAGUCAAUGAAGCACGGAUUAAGUAUCAGGCAAUGCUCGACAAGGGUUUGAGUGCUAAUGUCGUGACAUACAACACCCUCAUAGGCGGCUUCUGUCUCGUGGGGCAUUUUCAUUCUGCCGAGGAACUAUUCGAGGAGAUGCAAGUUACUGGGCAACGACCAGAUCUUCAAACAUAUGCUGUUUUGCUAUGUGGCUUGUGUAAAGCGAAACAUAUGGAUAGGGCAAUGGUAUUAUUUAUGCACAUGCAAAACCAUGGUCUGAAACCCAAUAUUGCGAUCUACAAUAUCCUCAUUAACGGUCUGUGCAUCAAUGGGAGACUCGACCGUGCAAGAGAACUCUUCGAUGUUUUGCGUGAACGAGAGGUGGAACCUGAUGUCAAGACUUUUACCAUAUUGCUUAAUGGAUUGUGUAAAGAAGGAGAUAAGUUAAGGGUGGAGCAGCUCCUCCGCCAAAUGAAUGAGAAAGGCCUCCCUGCAGAUGCAUCAACAGUAGAGCUCUUGCUGGAUCUAUCAUCUGAAGAUCCAUCAAUUCUACAGCUAAUACAGGAUCUUUAA